CCUCUAUCAGUUACCCUCCCUUUCGUCAAAAUAUGUCGACACUCUCUCUUAAUCCCCCUCUUUCUCUCUCUCUAUCUCUCCCCCUGCUGCGGAACAUUUCUUCUACUGUGCUCUCUCUGAUCUCAUAUCGAUCUCUCUCUCUCUCUCCUUUCAUGUUUUUGCAUAUAUACCACCGAUCGCGAGAUUCGUGUUCCUCUGCUAAACCCCUUUAUCCUACAUUAAUAUGCUCUUUGCUGAGGAUAUCUGGCAGUUUCUCUGCCUCCGAGGAGUCUUUGGAAAAGCUCGGGCCUCUGCAGCUUCGUUUUUGCAGACAAUCUCCCAUUCCAUGGCGAAUACAAGUUGCCAGAGCGCGGAGCUAGAGGUAUGCCGGGAUGAAUCGGCGGCGCGCGUCCUCAAAUUCGUCGCCAUCGCCUCGAUCCUCCUCUCCGGAGUGGCCGGAGUCGCCAUUCCCCUCAUUGGAAAGCACCGCCGGUUUCUCCGCACCGAUGGCUGCCUCUUCGUCGCCGCCAAGGCCUUCGCCGCCGGCGUCAUCCUCGCCACCGGGUUCGUCCACAUGCUCUCAGGUGGGUCGGACGCGCUAUCCAAUCCUUGCCUGCCCGAGUACCCGUGGGCUAAGUUUCCUUUCUGUGGGUUCUUCGCGAUGAUGGCCUCGCUGUUGACCUUACUCGUUGACUUUAUGGGCACUCAGUAUUACGAGAAGAAGCAAGGGCUGGCCCGGCCCAGCAGCGAGGAGCAAGCUCGGGUCGGAUCGGAUGAUUCGGGUGGCGAAACCGGAAUUGUUGCGCUUCAGGCCAAUGAUUGGAAUGGGAAGGUGUUCGGAGAAGAAGAGGGUGGCGGUAUGCACAUUGUGGGAAUGCAUGCGCACGCUGCUCACCAUAGACACAGUCAUGCUCAAGAGCACGGUGCAUGUGAUGGGCACGUGAGGGAGCAUUCACACGGGCACGGGCAUGACCACGGGCACUCGCAUGGGUUGGGGGAUGGGAACGAGGAAGGUGGUGUUAGGCACGUCGUCGUUUCUCAGGUUUUGGAACUUGGGAUUGUAUCACAUUCAGUUAUAAUCGGGCUAUCUCUCGGAGUCUCGCAGAGUCCAUGUACAAUAAGACCCUUAAUUGCUGCAUUAUCCUUCCAUCAGUUCUUCGAAGGAUUUGCCCUCGGAGGCUGCAUCGCCCAAGCCCAAUUCAAGAACCUUUCGGCCACAAUAAUGGCAUGCUUUUUCGCGAUAACUACUCCCGCGGGGAUUGGCAUUGGGACUGCCAUUGCUUCUUUCUACAACCCGUAUAGCACUGGAGCAUUGGUUACUGAAGGCAUUUUGGAUUCUUUGUCAGCUGGGAUUCUAGUCUACAUGGCUUUGGUGGACCUGAUUGCAGCUGAUUUUUUGAGCAAGAGGAUGAGCUGCAAUUUUAGGCUGCAAGUGGCAUCCUAUUUAAUGCUUUUCCUAGGCGCUGGAUUGAUGUCUUCAUUAGCUAUUUGGGCUUGAUUUUGUUCUUAAUUGUUGUUAUUGUCUUCUUUUCCCUUUCUUUUUCCCCCUCUUUUGAUGUUUCAUGGUGUAGUAAUUAUAUAUGCAACGAUUCUUUGUAUUUUGUUGCUCUCUUCCUCUUAAGAGGGAACUGAUAGCAAGAAGAAAGGAAUACAAGGUUGUAGACAAGCAAAAGAAGAAAGGAAUCUAGAAGUUUUUUUAGACAGAAACAAA